UAACAAUAUUUGAAAGCGCUCGUAUACUAGGAAAAACGCACGUUGGCAGACCGGAGCGUAGCAGCUUUUCGCUCAUGCGAGCGAUAAGUAAUUAAUUUUAAACGUCCUACCAGUAGCACUCUUAACACUUACUGUAACAUUACGAGGAGGAUUAUAGUUGAGUCGGUAGCGCAUAGCUGCUGAACACUGUGUCCGUAAGUUUUUGACGUAGUUGCCAACCGUGGAUGGUUGCACAAGCCAACAGCUGCGGUUGGUAAGUAAGCAAUGCAUCCCCCCACGGCUGACUGUUGCCCAGUUGUUGGAAAUGCAACCAUCCACGGUUGACUGUUACGUCAGUAGCUUACGGAAAUGGUGUUCAAUUUACUCGCAGCAGCUAUGCGCUACCGACUCAACUGUAAUCCUCCUCGUACUAAUAAUUACUAUUAUUAACAUAAGUACCUAUUAUUACUUAUUAGUAAUUAUUCAACUAUGUUAACUAGCAACAAUACCAGCCAGCAACAUCUUCGUAACGACCUUCCGUAACGGACAGAAAUCAGUGAAAGCAUAAGUCUUGAAUAUAGAGAACCUUCGCUAAGCUCCGGUCGACUACAGAUACUUCAAAGUUAAACUUUAAACAUUAUAAAAACAAACAGUAUAUCUUCUCUCGGAUUAAAAGGUAGUGCUAAAAAGGAAACGAGGAGUAAAAAAAUUUCCUUCAGCCCCCUCCGGACGCCUGCAGGCUGGGAAUGAAGGCGGUGCCGCGGUGUAUAUAUCAGCCGCUGCUGGCGGAAGUCGGUCAAAUGAGCUUCCGCAACACGGUCGCCGUCCGCACGCACAGUCGCACUGGCGCCGGUAGAUGUAAUGAUGACACGGACGACACUGACGAGUACGUCUGGUGGUUGGGAUAUAUUCAGGAUAUCGACACGGACGGCGAGCACGCCUUCAUCCACUUCGAUUCCACAUCCGUCGCUGCGCGCUGGAUGCACAUGCAAGACGUCUGGCCACUCCCCUCCUACAGUUUCCCUUCGCGGGGCACGAAUUCCGAGAACGUUUGGAUAUAUGCGGCGCUACGAGACGAAGACAACGGACCGUUUCGUUUCCGACCAGUCCUUCUGCUCAACAUACUUGUGGGUUGUAGCGAGCGUUGUUAUACGUUUUGCAUCACAACUGACGUUUCCGACCUGUACACCGUGCCUGCACACAGAUUUGGUGUUGAGGUGGUUCACGAAAACCAAGUGGCCUUUGACUGGCCACCCACCGGUCCAUCCUUGCUGGAGCGCCGCAGCGGUCUGCGCUACACCAAGCACUUCAUCCCCUUUGCCCAAACGAACAUCGUUCUCAGCGAGCCGGCCGAUAAAUCUCGCAUUAUUAAGCACAUUCUUCACUUUCUCCUACACCCACUGGACUUCACAUGCCGAUUCCAUCUGCGCGUCGAACCUGAAAAUGGGGGCUGUAUGUUCGUCAUCCUCAGGUGCGCAACGGACACGCAAGAGAUGCAGCGGAUGUCCGGCACCUUGUCGACCAUCCUGCAGACCCACGUGGCCAGUCGCGCCCAUUUUCCGCCUGUCCAUCAGCGAACAUUGUGCGCCAGUGAAAACGAAGAUUUCCAUUUCCAAACCGGUAUCGAGUUGGAUGUUGGUGCAGUGUUGCUGAGUGAUUUGACGCCUUGGCUGCUAAGCGACAUAUUGUCACAUUUGGACCUGCAUUCACAAAUGAGAGCCAAACGGGUGUGCGUCUUGUGGCAGUUGCUGUUGAGCCAUCCCCGGAUGAAGGAGCACGUCAGCAUCUCCUUCGAAAGCUGCUGGCACCUGCAGGCCGACACCGACAACUGCUUCAAAACGGCCUCUCUCCUCAGCCGCUCCAUCAGCCCAGCCACCAUCAGUCUCACCCUCUUGCGCGUCCUACCGCCACACCACUACUUUGUAUAUUUGCGUUAUAUGUUAAUUGCCAUGAAAAUCAGUUUGCCCGUACUUGUGCUGGAAGACCACAUUCACAUCCAACCGGCAGUAGCUUUCGAGCAUGACCAUUCCCUUUUAAAGCACGGCGCGGGGUCUAUUAUGGCGGACUUCAAGGAGACUUGCGACUACAUUCUGCUCCACCGCUGGACAGUUGGCAGUCUGUUUGGUCGACACCUGUACCACGUGUUUGAAGAAGGUGGUUACUUUGCUCAGCCUUACGGCAUGGCCUCUCAUCUACUGCCAGCGCACGAGCGGGACUGCAUGGUGCCCCUCGCGAAGGAGUCGCAUGAACUGCUCAUAGACCAGCUGCAAAUCACCAUUCCCAAGCUGCUUCUGCCCUGGAACGACGACGAAAUGCACAUGACCAGUCGCUUCAUGUGCGCACUGAACGACCACUUCCCGCCGGUCACGCCGGACAUGCUGGCAAAGGUCAUGGCCGUCCACGCGCGCUGGCGCCGCACCCUGCACUAUCCCGACGAUUGGCACGCCAUCCGCAAUUAUCUUCGUCUGUUCAGCGGGUUCGAGUCGGACGGACAAGCGAAAGCGUGGAACGAGGUCGAUCUGCGCUGCGAGGAUGUAUCCGGCUGGAGCACAAUGGCUAUUUACGGGAUCAACGAGCUGUUCCGAGUGUGAAGCUUGGGAUUGCAUCAUUGCCAUGCGGCCCACACUAUAAUUAUGGUCUCGUUCGGAAUGGGGAGAAUGUUUUGAUUAUUAUUUCAUGGCCAGGGCUCAACUCACGGCCCCAAACUAUCUGACCCGGAAUACCAGCAUCGAAAUAUCCGGCCUCAGAUCAAUGGAUGGCGAUCAGCGCUGGCAUCUGGGCUUAUCAAUAAGAUAUUUGCUAUCGAAUUCCUGUUUCGCUCGCUAUCGGUAUCACACAUCAAUACCAGUACCGUAUACCUGUUUAAUGAGACGAGCUUACGGGAAUCGUUUUCUACACUGUGGUUUCUCUUACUUUUUCCGUCAUUUCUGUUUGGCUUCUUAGUCUCUUCAGCGCCUUUUUUAGCAUAAUGUUCCUCCAUAAUGCGACUUUUGGUGCACCUGAAAGCAUUUAAACUUUUUGGAAUUUUUCAACAGCCAUAACUCCCGAACCGGAUGUUGCGCGCACAAACUGUUUCACGCCAAUGUAUACAGCAGACCUGGGCAGUUAUGGAAAAUGCAACCACCGUUAGAGUUACCAGUUACAGGGAG